ACCGGCCCAUCAAUGAAUUCUCCAACCCUUUCUGAUGAGUGUCAGAGAAAGAACCCCUCAAUUCUCAAAGUCUCAAUUUUUCGAGUCGCCAAAAGCUUUGGAAGCGGUGGAAUUCUGAGUUGAACACUUCUUUAUGAAACAAAAAUGUAGCAUUGAGUUGAUAUUGGGAGAAGAGAAAGGAAUGCAGAGACGACACCAUUUUCUAUUUUCUUAGUUAUGGUGGUGAAAUCUUCUUUGCUUGGAACUUGGAAACAAACUCUAUGGACCAGAUUAUUUUCGGGAUUUUCUCGAGCUUUGUCGAGUACUCAAAAAGACAACAUAAUUCUCACAAACGCUUUUAUCACAGAGCAGUGUUGUAAUGGCCGACUUGAUGUUGCCCGGGAUGUGUUUGAUAGAAUGCCCAACAGAACGGUUGUAUCGUGGAACACAAUGAUUUCUGGAUACUCGAAGCGGGGAAGAUACUUUGAGGCUUUGUCUCUUGUUUCCAUGAUGCAAAGAGGGAAUACGAAAUUGAAUGAAACCACUUUUUCGACAAUCCUUAGUGUAUGCGGGCGAUCAGGGUCGAUGGAUGAAGGAAAAGAGGUUCAUUGUCUGGUUUUGAAGUCGGGUUUCGAAAGUUUUGAGCUUGUAGGGAGCGCGUUGUUGUUUUUCUAUCUGAGUUGUUAUCAGAUUGAGGAUGCCAAGCGAGUUUUCGAAGAGCUUCGUGGUGGGAACGAAUUAGUUUGGAGUGUGAUGCUUGUUGGAUAUGUUCAGUGUAGUUUGUUGAGAGAUGCUUUGGAUGUGUUUAUGAAAAUGCCAAAAAGAGACGUUGUGGGGUGGACUGCUUUGAUUUCGGGGUAUGCAAAGAGCGAAAAUGGGUGUGAGAAGGCUUUGGAGUUGUUUAAAUCAAUGAGGGAUGAUGGUGUGGUGCCAAAUGAAUUCACUCUUGAUUGUGUUAUCAGAGCUUGUGGCAGAUUGGGUGUGAUAAGUACAGGGAAGUCUGUUCAUGGGCUUGUCAUUAAACAUGGUUUUGAAUUCGAGCACUCGAUUGGUGGCGCGUUGAUAGAGUUUUAUUCUGGUUUUGCAGCUACCACUUGUGCCAAAAUAGUUUAUGAGGGAAUAAGAAAUCCUAAUGUAAAUGCUUCUAAUUCACUUAUGGCAGGGCUUAUAUCCAUGAAUAGGAUCAAAGAGGCAAAGAUGAUUUUUGAUGGGCUUAAAGAAAAAGAUCCAGUUUCUUGUAAUUUGAUGAUUAAAGGGUAUGCAAUGAUUGGUAAAGUGGAGGAAUCAAAGAGAUUGUUUGAGAAAAUGAAGCAGAAAACCAUAAUUUCAUCAAACACUAUGAUCUCUGUGUAUUCAAGGAAUGGAGAAAUUGAUAAGGCUUUGGAUCUUUUUGAACAAACCAGAGGUAAAAAGGAUACUGUGACUUGGAACUCAAUGAUGUCAGGUUUUGUUCACAAUUAUCAACAUGAAGAAGCUUUGAAACUAUAUCUUUCGAUGCGAAAAUCAUCGGUUGAUUGUACAAGAUCAACAUUCUCUGUUCUGUUUCAUGCUUGUUCAUGUCUUGGAUCACUUCUACUUGGACAAUCACUUCAUGGCCAGUUGAACAAGACCCCAUUUGAAUCCAAUGUUUAUGUCGGGACAUCCCUUAUCGAUAUGUACUCGAAAUGUGGAAACCUCGCAGACGCUCAGAAAUCGUUCAUCUGCAUCUCAUCACCCAAUGUAGCAGCUUGGACGGCUCUUAUUAACGCGUAUGCCCAUCACGGCCUUGGCUCCGAGGCAUUGUUGCAGUUUGAGAAUAUGUUAAAGACCGAAAUCAUCCCAAAUGCUGCUACUUUUGUAGCUGUUAUGUGUGCUUGCCGUUAUGCUGGUUUAACCAAAGAAGGGAUGAGAAUUUACCAUUCCAUGAGGAAAGACUAUGGACUAGUCCCAACUUUAGAACACUAUGCUUGUGUAGUUGACCUGCUCGGGCGGUCUGGCCAUCUACAAGAAGCCUCAGAGUUCAUUGAAGAGAUGCCUAUUGAACCAGAUGGUGUUAUCUGGGGAGCUUUGCUUAAUGCUUGUUGGUUUUGGAUGGACAUGAAACUCGGCGAGAGGGUCGCGGAGAAGAUGUUUAGCCUAGAACCGAAACCGUUAUACGCUUACAUUAUCUUGUCUAACAUUUAUGCUGUUCUAGGAAAAUGGGAGGAGAAGAUGAAAGUAAGGAAGAGACUAAGGUUAAUCGAAGCGAAAAAGGGUCCCGGUUGUAGUUGGAUUGAGUUAAACAGCAGAGUUCAUGUAUUCUCUGUUGAAGAUAAAACUCAUCCUCAUUGUAAUCUUAUCCAUGAUACAUUGGAGCAUCUUACAGCAAAUACAAACUCUUUGAUGCAAUUUGAUUUUGUUUCUAUGCCAACAUAGACAAUUAUGAUUAUGGAGCGAUGACAGUGACCGAUCGAGCUUGACGAUUAUGCUCCGGCCGGCCAAAUUCUAUACCCUUGAAAAUUUUGUAAGUAGUUCUUUCUCCUUUUUGUUGAAGAAAUGAUCUGCUAUAUAUUUGUAAUAAACCUCUUUUAAUGGGCAUUUUUCUCAUGUUUGAUU